AUGGAUAGGCAAAAUCUGAAUGUGUAUGCUAGAGAGUUUAAUCUUAACUACCCUGAAACCUUAGAUGGGUUAAAUUUUCACGUCCUGAACAAUCCUCUAUUUAAUUUAAUAUCGAAGAAAAAAUUUAUUAUUGAUGUGACUGACUUGGAAAGGGAGCAAAGUAAGUGUAAGUUGGAAUCAGUAGAUGGGGAUGAAGCUGAGGAAGAGGAAGAAGAAGAGCAUAUAAAAGAUAAAGGGAAAAUCAAUUUACUGAACACGUAUUAUACAGACAAUGAAAUUUUACUCUACUCUUUGUUAGGUUCAUUAAUAGAGGAUAAAGUCUACUCGUUCGAGGGGUACAUAGUAUCAACCUUUGUAAUAAAAAUCAAUUCCUCUUACUACAGUGCAUGGAUUUAUAGAAGGAAAUGCUUAAAAAAGUUAAACUUAAAUUUUAUAAAUGAUUUAAAAUUUACAAAAUUUAUCAUAAGUGAUAAUAUUAAAAGUUUUCAAAGCUGGUUCCAUAGAAGGUGGCUUGUAGAAUAUAUAUAUAAACUCAACAUGAAAAAAGUACGAGUGAAACAGAAGGGAGAGGAUAAUAGUGUAACGAGUCAGAGAAAUAAGGAAAAAGAGGAUGAAAUGAUAAAAACGGGAACCGCUGAGACGGGGGAAUGGGGUCACAUGGAUGUUACAAGUAACACCUAUUUUGAUGACGACUCCAAAUUUAUAAGCAACGAUGAGGAGGAAAGCAAUAUAUCAUCAACUGCUACUCCAUUUGAAGAUGCCUCAAGUGAUGACGGGUUUAUAAGUAACUGUGAACAUAGCGAGUUUGAAAUAAAAAGAGAAGACGUUAAUUUAUAUGAUGAUUUACAAAACAUAAUAGAGAAUAGUACGUUUUUUAAAAAUGCACUAGAACCAAAUGAAGAAAUAAAUAUAAAUGAGUUUUUAUAUGAAGAAAUUUUAUAUAAUAAUUGUGAUAUAUUUAUUGAUACAAAAAAUUAUAAUUCAUGGGCUCAUAAGACAUGGUUAAUUGAUAAAUUUUCCAUUUUAAAAAAUGAAUACCUCUGUGAAAAAUAUAAUAUAUUAUUACAUGAAUUUAAUUAUAUCAACUAUUUUUUAAAAUGUGAUAUAUAUAACAAUUCUGUGUGGGUAUACAGACAUUUUAUAUUUUAUAAAUUAAAAUAUAUGAAUAAAAUAGAUAUGCUUGAACGGGAAAUUAUGUUUUGCUUACAUUAUGCGAAACAGUUUUCUGAUAAUGAAGCACUAUUUAAUUAUUUUAUUCAUAUCGUUUUUAAAUAUAUUGAUUUGUAUAGAAAAAAAAAAAGAAAAGAUAAAGAUAAGGAAAAAGAUAAAGAUAAAGAUAAGGAAAAAGAUAAAGAUAAAGAUAAAGAAAAAGAUAAAGAAAAAGAUAAAGAUAAAGAAAAAGAUAAAGAUAAAGAAAAAGAUAAAGAAAAAGAUAAAGAAAAAGAUAAAGAAAAAGAUAAAGAUAAAAACAAAGAAUAUACGAAAGAUAUUUUUCAAAUAUCAAUUAUUAAUAAUCUCAAAAAUGAGUUAACAAAAUUGAAAGCCAAGUCAAAAUUUUUGUUAAUUUUCUUGUCACAACUUUAUGCGUACAACGGAUCGUACUACGAUGAAUCUCAGUGCUAUAGGUACCUCGAAAGGAAUGACGAUUUCAACAAUGACGUGUGGAAAUGUAAAAUUGAAUAUGUUGGAGAUUAG